AUGUUAUACGGAAUGGCAAUGUCCACGUGUACCAGACGAGUUCGGUGUGUGUUAGAAGAAAUGGGUUUACCGUAUGAACUUGUGUUGGUUGAUUUGGGCAAGGGUGGACAUAAGCAACCGGCUCAUCUUGCUUUGCAACCAUUUGGCAAAGUUCCUGUACUUGAAGAUACCGAUGGAACAAAAAUAUUUGAAUCUAGAGCAAUCAUGCGAUAUUUGUUGAAGAAGUACCCAACGGAAGGUAAUGGUUGA